UGUGUCCCUCGGACACAGCGGAUCACCGUUCACGGAAAGAGCCGAAGAUGUCGGCUCGGUCAUGUGAUCAGCUGUGUCCAAUCACAGCUGAUCACAUCAGUGCCAGCUGUCAGUGUCCAUCAGUGCCACAUCAAUGCCACAUAUCAGUGCCUACCAGUGCACAUCAAUGCCACAUAUCAGUGCCCAUCUGAGCUGCCUUUCAGUGUCACCCAUCAGUGUCAGUCAGUGCCACCUAUCAAUGCCACCUAUCAGUGCCACUUAUCAGUGCUGCCAAUCAGUGCCACCCAUCAGUGCUGCCUAUCAGUGCCACCUAUCAGUGCCAGCCAGUGCCACCUAUCAGUGCCAUCCAGUGCCACCUAACAGUGCCAGUCAGUGCUGCCUAUCAGUGCUGCCUAUCAGUGCCAUAUAUCAGUGCCAUGUAUCAGUGCUGCCUUUCAGUGCCCAUCAGUGAUGCCUGUCAAUGCCCAUCAGUGCCACCUACCAGUGCCUCCUCAUCAGUG